AUGCUGGAGAAGGAACUGCCAACGCGAGGCUGGAAUUGGGGAACGAUUCACUUCAAGGGCAGUGUGCUGUCAUUCUAUGUGGAAAGCAGAACCAACAUUGAGAUUCCGCUGAGCCACGUUUCCAAGUGCAACAAUGGCAAGAACGAAGUGACCGUGGAGUUCCAUCGGAACGAUGAUGCACCGGUCAGCCUAAUGGAGAUGCGCUUCCACAUUCCUAUGACGGAGUCGGCUGAAACGGAUCCGGUCGAGGUAUCCCCGGACCAGGUCAUGAAGCAAGCUUCGGUCAUUUCCGCCACUUGCGAUGCCAUUGCUAUCUUCCGGGAGAUUCAUUGUCUUACGCCGGGUGGUCUCUACGACAUUAAGUCAUCGGUGUUGCGGUUGUUCCUGCUUCCGCACAAGGAUAAUCGACAGAUGCUCUUUGUCAUUUCGUUGGACCCACCGAUCAAGCAAGGUCAAACUCGGUACCACUUUCUGGUUACGCUGUUCCAGACAAUCAGUCCACCUUCCAUGGAACCGGAGUACCGGAACUGGAUAACCGAUUUGAUUGGACAUGAUGCAGCGAUUCCCAGAUCGUCACCGGCAGCUUUUCGGGUACAUAUACGGUGGCACGACAGCAAGAUGGCGUUCAGUUUUCAUUCGACCACGGAAGCAACAGCAGGACGAGCAGCAAGCGAACAUCGAAGCAUCGAGACCAACGGAGUGAGCCGAGCGCGAGCGAGACGGCUUGAUCGCAAGCUGACAGCCGACCGGGUGCUGACGAGGCCGCGACGAGCCUAG